AGCCGUCUCUGCCACGUUCCAGCCAAUCAGUCCCGCGUCUUGGCAUCCGAAUCCAAGACCCCCGAAGCCGGAGGCGACGCGAGCCAAUGGGAAGUGGGCUGGGGAAGACGGACAGGAGGCCGGCCAAUGGGGGCGGGGAGGCCGGGCUGCGCGUAUCCAAGGAGCGCGGCGCUCGGGCUCGGGGGUGUGGCGCGGCGGGGGCGGCGGGCGCGCCGGGUGGCAGGUGUCAGCGGCGUCGGCGUUCGGCGACUAUGGAGCGGCCCCGGGGAGCUGCGGACGGCCUCUUGCGCCAGCCCCAUGGCCUCGGCCUCCUUGUCCUCCUGCUGCUGCAGCUGCUGCAGCCGGCGACCCUCGGCCAGGACCGGCUGGACGCGCCCCCGCCGUCCGCGGGGUGGCCCCUGCACUGGCCGGGCCCCGUCGGGGUGAGCUGGGGGCUGCGCAUGUGUUCGAUGAUCUCAGUGGCUCAGUAUCCUUAUCCUGGGUUGGAGAUCGCACUGGCGUUAUUCUAGUUUUGACUACCUUCCAUGUACCACUGGUAAUUAUGACCUUUGGACAGUCCAAGUUAUAUCGAAGUGAAGAUUAUGGAAAAAACUUUAAGGAUAUUACAAAUCUCAUCAAUAACACCUUCAUUCGUACUGAAUUUGGCAUGGCAAUUGGUCCCGAGAAUUCUGGAAAGGUGAUAUUAACAGCAGAGGUAUCUGGGGGAAGUCAUGGAGGAAGAAUCUUCAGGUCGUCAGAUUUUGCAAAGAACUUUGUGCAGACAGAUCUCCCUUUCCAUCCUCUGACUCAGAUGAUGUAUAGCCCUCAGAAUUCUGAUUACCUUUUAGCUCUCAGCACUGAAAAUGGCCUGUGGGUGUCCAAGAAUUUUGGGGGAAAAUGGGAAGAAAUCCACAAAGCAGUAUGUUUGGCCAAAUGGGGAUCAGAAAAUACCAUCUUCUUUACCACCUAUGUGAAUGGCUCCUGCAAAGCUGACCUUGGAGCCCUGGAAUUAUGGAGAACUUCAGACUUAGGGAAAACCUUCAAAACCAUUGGUGUGAAAAUCUACUCAUUUGGUCUUGGAGGACGUUUCCUUUUUGCCUCUGUGAUGGCUGAUAAGGAUACAACAAGAAGGAUCCACGUGUCCACAGAUCAAGGGGACACAUGGAGCAUGGCCCAGCUUCCUUCUGUGGGACAGGAACAGUUCUAUUCUAUUCUGGCAGCUAAUGACGACAUGGUGUUCAUGCAUGUAGAUGAACCUGGAGACACCGGAUUUGGCACAAUCUUUACCUCCGAUGAUCGAGGCAUUGUCUAUUCCAAGUCUUUGGACCGACACCUCUACACUACCACAGGUGGAGAAACGGACUUUACCAAUGUAACCUCCCUGCGCGGGGUCUACAUAACCAGCAUGCUCUCAGAAGAUAAUUCUAUCCAGACAAUGAUCACUUUUGACCAAGGAGGAAGGUGGAAGCACCUGCGGAAGCCUGAAAACAGCGAGUGUGAUGCUACCGCCAAAAACAAGAACGAGUGCAGCCUUCAUAUUCAUGCUUCCUACAGCAUCUCCCAGAAACUAAACGUUCCGAUGGCGCCACUCUCGGAGCCUAAUGCUGUGGGCAUAGUCAUCGCUCAUGGUAGUGUGGGGGAUGCCAUCUCAGUGAUGGUGCCAGAUGUCUACAUCUCAGAUGAUGGGGGUUACUCCUGGAUGAAGAUGCUGGAAGGACCCCACUAUUACACCAUCCUGGAUUCUGGAGGCAUCAUUGUGGCCAUCGAGCACAGCAGCCAUCCUAUCAAUGUGAUUAAAUUCUCCACAGACGAAGGUCAAUGCUGGCAAACCUACAUGUUCACCAGGGAGCCCAUCUAUUUCACUGGCCUAGCUUCAGAGCCUGGAGCUAGGUCCAUGAACAUCAGCAUUUGGGGGUUCACAGAAUCUUUCCUGACCCGCCAGUGGGUCUCCUACACCAUUGAUUUUAAAGAUAUCCUUGAAAGGAACUGUGAAGAAAAGGACUAUACCAUAUGGCUGGCACACUCCACAGACCCUGGAGAUUAUGAAGAUGGCUGCAUUCUGGGCUAUAGGGAACAGUACCUACGACUACGGAAGUCAUCUGUCUGUCAGAAUGGUCGAGACUAUGUUGUAACCAAGCAGCCGUCCAUCUGUCCCUGUUCCCUGGAGGACUUUCUCUGUGAUUUUGGCUACUUCCGUCCAGAAAAUGACUCAAAGUGUGUGGAACAGCCAGAAUUGAAAGGGCACGACCUAGAGUUUUGUCUGUACGGACGAGAAGAACACCUGACGACAAACGGGUACCGGAAAAUUCCAGGAGACAGAUGCCAAGGUGGGGUGAAUCCAGUUCGAGAAGUAAAAGACUUGAAAAAGAAAUGCACAAGCAACUUUUUGAGUCCCAAAAAGCAGGACUCCCGCCCACAGGGACACAGCUUGUCCCAGAAUCCAGCUCCGCCUCCUCUUGGACACAUUGAAAACACACACUUCCUAUCUCCCACCCAGAAGCAGAGUUCCAAGUCAAACUCUGUUCCAAUUAUCCUGGCCAUCGUGGGAUUGAUGCUGGUCACAGUUGUAGCAGGAGUGCUCAUUGUGAAGAAAUAUGUCUGUGGUGGAAGGUUCCUAGUGCAUCGAUAUUCUGUGCUGCAGCAGCACGCAGAGGCCGAUGGUGUGGACACUCUGGACACAGCCUCCCAUGCUAAUAAGAGUGGUUAUCAUGAUGACUCAGAUGAGGACCUCCUGGAAUAGCUCUUCCGAGGAGCUGGGACCAGGCACAGAGAGUGGAACCGCCGUACCUCUUACACUCCCUGUGGCUCCAGUUUGGGGAAGUAAAUUUCCCAUUUCAAGGGACCCAGCUCUGUUUCUGCUGCUUCCAUCAAAGCCAAAAGGACCUACACUAAAGAACUUCGGGGCGGGGUGGGAAACCCUCAACACUCUUCAAAUUGGCUCUGAACAGGGGGAAAUUUUAAAUUCUUAACUUUAUAUUUCAAGUUCUGGUUUUUUUUGUUAAGUAUAGGCUUUGGGUUUAUUUGGGUUUUAGUUUGGGUUUUUGUUUUUGUUUUUGUUUUAAAGGAAAUGAAAUGGAAUUCGAAGGGCUUGUUUCACUCACCUCACCCUUGCCUGUUCUGCGUGGCGCCCACCCCAGAGCACCUGCUGACUCCAGCAUCCAUUCAGUGUCCACGGUGCUGUCCUUGGGCUCUGCCUGCCACGUGAAGCAGCCACAGAGAGGAAGACAGAGGCUGCGGUGACUGGUACAGCCUGGCCAGCUCUUCUCCAUCUGGGGACAGCCCUGCUCCAAGAACAUUUUAUACCAGCUCCUCACACAGAUCCUGACGCUGCUUUUGUUUUCCCCCGAGGACCAUAGACCACAGUGAUUUUUCUUUUCCCCUGUUUAGGCAAUACACUUGUUAAUUGCCCUUUGGCAACCAACUUAACCAUGUGCUUCCAAGAUACUAAAUCAGGAAACCCUACAGGACAAUACUUUUAACUUGGGGCAGGCAUAAGGGAGCAACAGAGAACUGACUAGAUUUAGUACCUAUUAAAGGCGAAGCUGGCCGCUACCGAGCCGGUUGAAGCUGGGCUCUGUGUGUGUGCCAGCAGCCUUGCUCAAGGACGGUGUGCAGGCUGGCCUGACGUCUGCCCGCUCCAGCGUCUCGGCUGGAGUUGGUCGGUGAGCGCACAGUGCAGCCCUGAGGCCUUGCUUCUGCAGUCUUCCGUCUUCCCUCGGCUCCUGUCAUGUUGGCUCAUGACUGAACCAUUACAACGGCUGCUUGUUUGCCUCCUCCUGGGUUGCUGCUGCGCGUGCAGCCAGGACUAGAGAUGUUUCCAGAUUCAUGGUUUUUUAAAUCAGCAUUUUAUUACUAGGCACUUGUCCGCACCUCUGCUUUGCCAAGUCACUUGUUGGCAUGAAACUUUUGGCUGAACCAGUUGAAAACACACUUCCGGUCUUGAUGCUUGUUUGGUACAUUGUGUUCGUAUUUUAAACGGAAGGAAGUUUUCCAUUUGACAUGUUUCCAGAUGAAAUGAAUUACAGAACGUAGUUGGGUGGAUUUGGGGGUGGCCAUGUAGUCAUGGAAAGCCACAAUAAUUAGUUGUAAUACAGCUCGAAUGUUUGCUGCACAGGAAUACAGUAUGGUCCGUCUUUGGUUCACCAUACCUUCUGUGCUGGUCACAGUUUCUCCCAGUAACUGGGAGACUCUUGAUUGGUGCCAUGUUGCUGCUAGUUCAUCGUGUGGAUAGAAAGUCAGUGGAAACUAAAUGUGCCAAAAUAACUUUUGUCAGAAUGCGGGAGCAGAUGGCUAAGUUCUCUCCUCCUCAAAAUGGAUGAACAGCAGCAGGAAAAGAGGGGGAGGAAGUGGAUGGAGAAUCUUAGAAACUUUAAAGCUGCAGUAAAAUGAAAUGAGUCAGGGAACUUCUGUUAGAAAAUGAAGUUGGGGCAGUUUUUGUGAAGAGAAUAUUGGUGAGGGCUAGAGUGUACUAGCUUUAAGCUCAUUCAUUUUGCAUGGUUUUCAAUUUCUAAAUCCAAAGAUACAUACGAGCUCACAAGUGAUAAGUGUCAGCCUCUGUUCCACUCUGACCUCCUGCCCGAAGUGAAUUUCAUGCCCAGAAAAGACUUAUCGACACCACAUACCUUUCCUCCCAGCUUGUGCCCAGAUGGGUGUGGAUUAGGUGGCCAAUAUAUGCUAAUCCUUUUAUUAGUUUUAAGAUGUAGAAGGGUUAACAUUCUUCUCUAAACAGAUAAGAUUAGAGCUCUUUGCUUAUAAUAAUAUCUUAUAUUUAUAUAGAGUUGACAAUUUUCUCAGCACUUUCACGUGUAUUGUGUCAUUUGAGCGCCCAGUGUUCCCGUGAGGGACUCCAGGAACCAAACUUGAGUCAGUUGUGCGGGGUCCCUGUGUGUGGUGUGAGCAGUUCCGGGCGGCUGUCUCCAGAGCUCUGGAAAGUUGUUACGCAAGCCAGGGCCAAACGCUUGGAACAGAGCUUCUCCCUCAGAGGUGACUGGCUGUUCUUUAGGAUAAGGGUCAGCAGCGUUGCUUUCAGAGCAUUAUUUAGCACCUUUGUGUUUUCUUUUUGAAAACAAAAUUUUAUUCUUCUGUUUUUCAUGGCGGAAAACAAAAUUAAUGGUAACUUUGAAUAUGUCUUCCGGGACAGGCCCUCCCUUUGCGGGGGGGUCACUGCUGAACACAGGUGUGAGUCUCUGAGGAUGGGUCCCCUUCGCCAUCCUUUUGCUCCCGCCCUGAGCUGGUGGCUGUGUUGCUUUAGGACUGCCUGCUAGCCUGGCUCAUUCCCUUUAUUGGCUCGUUAGAGACUAAAACAGUCUGAAUCCUUACAACUUCUAAAAUAAAAAGAUUUCUGGUUUGUCCUACUCAGGUUAGGAGCAUCGUCCUUGACGUUAACACUUAGCAUAUCCUGCAUAAACUCCCAGGCUUGGUAGCUGCAGAAGAGAUUUCUGGAUGUUUGAGCAAUGGAAUUUAGCAUUGUUAGGUAGGGGGGACAUAAUCAGACAGUCCAAAGUGGUCUGAGUUCUUAAAUCCAGAAUCCUUCCUGUUGAAGGCCUAGCAGAUUUUUUAUUUUUCUUGAGACCAGGGACCAGAGUGGAAGGUGCCUAAGCUAUGAAUCUAGUGGCAACACUACUUAGAAAAGUGGAAGCCUUUGGAGAGUUGUGGUAGUUGUGGGGCUUAAGACGUGCAACAGUGUCACAUGCCUGACCUGGGAAUUGGCAUCCGCCUCCAGAUAGGAUAGACUUCCAGUAUGUAUCUUUCUUAUUCUUAGGUUUGUCUCUGGGUCUCGGCAUGCAUAAGCUGGCCUUUCAUCCUUGACAGAUUAGUAAUAUACUGGCCACCUCCAGCUCCUGCCCUAGACAUAUAAACUAUAGCUGGACAUCCCCUGGUCUUCAUCAUGAUACUGGGAUAGAGAGACAAGCACAGGGCCGUCUAUACCAGCCCAGGGUGCCAGGGCUGGCCUGGCUUUCUAGGCAAACCAUCUCAGUAGAGAGUCUCUUUUUAGGAGAGCUCUACCGAACCCCACCCCCACACACAGUACCUAACAGCUCGUCUGCUUAUUGUCAGCACAGCCCUCUCAUUUCCAUGUUAAGCUAGGAAGUUUGGAAGUGCUAAAAUAGGAGAUGCACCUUUUCAACUUUCUACCGCCGCCUUUCCAACAGGAGAAUUAACACGGAUUUAAAUGUCCUUUAAACAAAACCAAAGUUUAAGAUUUGCCAUGUGAAGUAGGGAAUGGGAGGGCCAGAGACAUCAGGUGCCAGACUUCUGUUCCAUCUGCCACUGAUUUACCCAGUGCAGGCAGCUCUAGAAGCAGUAUCCUGCCCUAGCAGAGUCCAGCCCUGCCCUUAGGAAGGAUAACUGAAACAGCAGGAGCACACUGAGUUCUUAGUUAAUGUUGAUAACAGUAAGAGUUAGAGCAUUAAUUUGAAGUUAUCUUCAACAACUUGCUGUAUGCAUUUUUUCACACCAGUACAUCCUUAAGCGUUCUUGUUUAUAUGGAAUAACAAACUAAUCUGUACCUUUAUAUAUAUAUAGAUAUGUACAUAUAUACAUACAUAAACUGUAUAGUGUACAUGUUAAUGAUUUAUUGAUACCCCCAAAUCUUUAAUGCAGUUCUCGUCCUCCGCAUGCCUUCAGUUGUGGCUGGGUGACUUAAUGUCCCCUGGUGGUUCUGCCCACCUCCUGUGUUUGAACCUCUGGGGAGGAGGGUUUGGGCCGCACUCUCUUAUCCUCGUGCACAGAAAUGCUCAGGGUCCCCAUGUGCCUGUUGUUCAUUCCUCUCUUGUCUCUUGUUCCCUUUCUGAGCAUGUGGUCCCUCCCAAGUCAUGAGACAGCUGCCUUCUUCCUAUGAAAGUGUUAAGCAGUAUUAAGAUCAUUACUGCAUGUGUGCUGAAAACCCAAGUUUUCUGUUCCCUUGGGACAGAAAAUUGCAUGUAAGGUGAGAUAAUCAAGUUUCAGUGACCCAUGUCAAUUACACAGUAAAACCAGACCCCACAAUGAAAUCCCACAAAAUGGAAAUAAAACUCAAAUUUCUUUAGCAUUGUGUAAAUAAAUCUGGAUGUGUUUAA